AUCCAAAUUACCCCAUCGCCUUAGCUUUCUCGAAGCUCCUGUGUUUACUUCUAAUAAGCUCUCCAUCUCUUAACAAUGGCGGCGUCCUGUCUAUCGAAUUCUCCAAUUUGCACUCACUCUCUGCCUAAUAUCUCAUCGCAGCCACUCCUCUCUUUCUCUCAUUCCCUCAGGCCAUUCAUUUCCAAGUCGAAACCUAUUGCCUCGCUACAGCAGCAAAAGAGAGAUAACUCUGGAUUCGUGGUGAAAUCUCAGGCUCUUGAUUUCUCCGGUACUUUCUUUGAAGGUGGAUUCGGGUCGGACGAUGACCCGACAUCUACUUCCGGGUCGGGCGUGUCAACCGCCCUCGAGGACAAACCGGAACCUCAGUGCCCACCUGGGCUUAGACAGUACGAAACAAUGGCGGUCUUGAGACCAGACAUGUCUGAAGAUGAGCGGCUUGGUCUUACCCAGAAAUACGAAGAGUUGCUUGUGGCAGGAGGUGGAAUGUAUGUGGAAGUUUUCAACAGAGGAGUGAUUCCAUUGGCUUACAGCAUCAGAAAGAAGAACAAAGCCGGAGAAACUAACACUUACUUGGAUGGAAUCUACCUUCUCUUCACUUACUUCACCAAACCCGAAUCAAUAACUCCACUCGAAGCCGUUCUCACUGCGGAUGACGACAUUAUCCGAUCUUCUUCCUUCAAGAUAAAGAAGAGGAAGUACAACUGAAGAGACCAUCAACAUUGUGUGUAUGUGACAAGAGUUAGAUUCUUUUUGUUGUCCAAUGUUUCUUUCAAACAAAGGUAAAUUUAUCUUUAUUCGGUUCAUUGCUCUGUCAAGUUUUAUGAAUUUUUUAAUUUUCUUUUGUGUGAAUUGCUCUGUUUUCAUGUGUUAUAGAGUGUGAGAAACUCUAAUGCAAAAAUGCUGUAAGAACAAAGUCUUAAGCUCUAAAUCGCCAUACAAGUUUGGGAUGCAUGAGUGGUUUAGCAAA